AUGCUGAACGCGAUGCUGCGCCGGAGUCGGGCAACCGGCACCGCGCUUCGAUCUGUGGAAUCAUUACCAGGUCGAGUCCAUGCCUCGAUGGCGUCCGUGACAUGUCGCCAGUCUUCCGCACGUUCCUUACACACUCCCCGACGGCCUGUUCUCCAAUGGCGCACCUUGGCACCGACAUCCACGCCGAUCCGGUCUAAAUCCGACAAAUCCGAAAUCGCAGCUAAGGUGCAGCCAUUGCGACGAUCUGCAAUUGCGACCGCUCUGACCAAACUUUUUACAUACUGCGGUGUUUUCAUCGUUUCUAGCGGUGCUAUUGUGGUAGCCUUCUUUAUCUAUGACGCAAGUACCUACCACGAGAGCACGACGGCCGCCGAUAUCCCUGUGUCGGAAUUGGCGCUCAACCCGCGCCGUGGAGGUCCCAAGAACUUGCCUAUUGCCGAUGUGCUCGUCGGCGACUAUGACUCCGAGUCUAUGCUUGAGCAGAAGGAUAAGCCUCGCCUGGUCAUUCUGGGCACUGGCUGGGGUAGCAUUGCGCUACUCAAGAACCUGAAUCCCUCGGAUUACCACGUUACCGUCGUUUCGCCUACGAAUUACUUCUUGUUUACUCCCAUGCUGCCGUCUGCUACCGUGGGCACCUUGGGUCUUCGGUCUCUCGUUGAACCUGUGAGGCGGAUCAUUGAGCGGGUCAACGGUCACUUCCUCAAGGCUUCUGCAACUGAUGUGGACUUCUCCGCGAAAUUGGUUGAAGUAUCUCAGGUGGAUAAUGAUGGCGUGAAGAAAAAUUUCUAUCUGCCAUAUGACAAGCUUGUUGUUGGUGUCGGAUGUAUUACAAACCCACAUGGAGUCAAGGGUCUCGAGCACUGUGACUUCCUUAAAACUAUUGACGAUGCUCGCCGGAUCAAGAACAAGGUGCUGGAGAACAUGGAGCUGGCCUGUCUUCCUACUACGACCGACGAGGAGCGCAGACGUCUGCUUUCCUUCGUGAUCUGUGGUGGUGGUCCCACUGGUGUUGAGUUCGCUGCCGAGCUGUACGACUUGCUGAAUGAGGACUUGCUCAAUUCGUUCCCUCGCAUUGUCCGAAAUGAGAUCUCUGUCCACAUUGUUCAAAGCCGAUCUCAUAUUUUGAACACGUACGACGAAGCUCUCUCUAAAUACGCCGAGAGUCGGUUUACACGCGAUGGCGUUGAGGUGUUGACCAAUGCCCGUGUCAAGGAAAUCCGGAGCGAUCGGGUUCUCUUCACCCAGAUAGAAGACGGCAAAGCCGUAAUCAAAGAGAUCCCCACCGCAUUCUGCCUGUGGUCGACUGGUGUUGCUCGCGCCGAGAUUUCCGAAACCCUCUCUAACAAGUUGGAGGGACAGAACAACAAGCAUGCCCUUGAGACCGACGCUCAUCUCCGAAUGAUCGGUGCUCCUCUGGGCGAUGUUUACGCCAUCGGCGACUGCUCGACAGUUCAGAACAACGUUGCUGAAAACAUUAUCCGAUUCCUCCGCACGAUCGCCUGGGAGAAGGGCCGUGACCCUGAGAAGGUGCACCUCACCUUCCCGGAGUGGACAGAGUUUGCCGGACGAGUGAAGAGGCGCUUCCCGCAAGCAUCCAACCAUCUUCGCAGACUGGAUCUGCUCUUCGAGCAGUAUGACAAGGACCACUCCGGCACUCUCGACUACGGCGAGCUCUCCGAGCUCCUGCACCAGAUCGACACCAAGCUCACUUCCUUGCCCGCUACCGCUCAGCGUGCUAACCAGCAGGGCGUGUACCUCGGCCGUAAGCUGACCAAGAUUGCGGCUGCUCUUCCCGGACUCAAGGCCAACGAGAUCGACUAUGGUGAUCUUGAUGAGGCUGUCUACAAGGCUUUCAAGUACAGACAUCUUGGAAGCUUGGCGUACAUCAGUAACGCAGCUAUCUUCGACUUUGGUGGUAUGAGCUUCAGCGGUGGUGUGGUUGCUAUGUAUCUCUGGCGCAGUAUCUACUUCGCUGAGAGUGUGAGCUUCCGCACUCGCUGUAUGCUGGCUAUGGAUUGGGCCAAGAGAGCGGUCUUUGGAAGAGAUCUCAUGAGCUUCUAA